CUCUGGGGCAGCGUCCGUGCAGCCAUCAGUUGCUCUCCGGACCACUGCAGACAUGACCACCUUUGAUGACGUUCUGGAGGAGGCAGGGAAGUUUGGGAGAUGUCAGAAGCGGAUCUUCCUGCUGAUGAGCCUGGUGUCCAUGCCCUGGGCUGGGGUGUACGUGGGCAUCGUGUUCCAAGGCUUCACCCCGGAGCACUGGUGCCGGGACGCAGGAGCAGCGCAGCUGAGGGAGAGUUGUGGUUGGGGUCUCCAGGACACCCGCCGGUACACCGCGCCCCUGGUCAACACCUCGGCCGGCAUGGUCCACAGCCAGUGCAAACGGUACGAUGUGGACUGGAACGCCACUAGCCUAACUUGUGAGGAACCCCUGGCCAACUUCACGGCAGGCACACCCAUGACUGCCUGCAAGGAUGGCUGGGAGUAUGACUACGAGGGAAGGGUGUCAUUUGCGACUGAGUUUGACCUGGUCUGUUCGGACGCUUGGCUGGUGGACAUGUAUCAAGCUACCAUCAACAUUGGCUUCCUGGUGGGCAGCAUUGCCAUCGGAUACCUGGCUGACAGAUUUGGUCGAAAAAUGAGCUUCUUGAUGUCCAACCUUUGGAACGGAGUAGCGGGAAUUCUCGUGGCCAUUUCUCCAAGCUACAACAUGCUGCUUGUUUUUAGGACAUUGUAUGGCUUUGGAGUCAAGGGAGGCUGGAUUGCUGGCUAUGUUCUGAUCACAGAGAUUGUGGGCGUUGAGUACAGACGCACAGUUGGAGUCCUCUACCAGAUGUUCUUCAGCGUUGGCAUCCUCGUCCUGCCCCUGAUCGGCUACUUUGUUACUAACUGGCGUUGGUUUAACGUGGCAAUAACUUUACCCUACUUAUGUUUCCUGGUCUACUAUUGGUUCAUACCAGAGUCUCCAAGAUGGCUCCUCUCCCAGAACAAAUCAGCCAAAGCAGUGGAAAUUACGGAGGCAAUAGCCAAAGAGAAUGGGAAAACACUCUCCAAGAUCAUUGAGACUCUCAAAGAAGACGUUGUAGAGUCCUCGACAGCCUCGUUCCUCGAUUUGGUCAGAACACCGAAAAUGAGAAAGCACACAUUCAUCCUCAUGUUCAACUGGUUCACCAGCGCUGUGGUCUACCAGGGCCUCAUCAUGCGACUUGGAAUUCUGGGAGGUAACGUCUACAUCGACUUCCUCAUCUCUGGAUUAGUGGAGUUUCCCGCUGCCUUCCUCAUCCUCUUCACCAUCGAGCGAGUUGGGCGCCGAAUCCCUUUUGCCUCAGCCAACAUCGUGUCCGGGCUAGCUUGCUUGAUCACCGCUUUUAUACCAGAGAGUAUGUUCUGGUUUAAAACAGCAGUGGCGUGCGUGGGUCGCCUGGGUAUUACCAUGGCCUUUGAAAUGGUGGUGUUUGUGAACACUGAGUUAUACCCAACGUUUGUACGAAACCUAGGUGUGUCUGUGUGCUCCACGCUGUGCGACAUUGGAGGCAUCGUUGCGCCUUUCCUCCUCUACAGACUGGCCGUCAUCUGGCUGGAGCUGCCGCUCAUUAUUUUUGGUGUGAUUGCACUUAUUGCUGGGGGAUUAGUCCUAUUGUUGCCAGAGACCAAGGGAGUACCACUGCCUGAGACAAUCGAUGAUAUUGAAUUCCCUGACAGGAACAAAGAAAGCCCCCUGAAAAAUCAACAGCUGAUGAAUCUGUUGCCCUCAGAUGUGACAACCAAUAAGGACGCCACAACUGUGUGAUUUAGUAAUUAUAUUCCACUAGUAAUCGAGAGCAAAACUUGCUUUUAUAAAAUAUACUGUAUAAUAUCUUUUAUAUAUAUAUUAUUGUAAAAUUUUAUAUAAUAGGACCUAAACUGAAGUUUUACUAUCUGUUAUUAUUAUUCGUAGUAGUAGUAGUAGUAGUAGUAGUAAUAGUUUUUCAGCCUGUGACCAAAAUGAAGGAACACUUCAUAUUUAAAAUACUUUUCUCUAUUUAUUUUUUCAUGUGUUUCAAGAGUUUUUUGUUUCAAGGACAAGAUUUUAAACUUUGUAAUAAUUUAUACUGUUCAUACUUAUUGUAUUUGUAAAUGAAAGAAUAAUAAUGAACUAUAAAGAUGGUAUGUGAGUGAAUGGUGUGUCUGCCCUGUGAUUGAGUGGCCCAUCCAAGGUGUAUUCCUGCCCAAUGCAUGCUUCAGCACCCCCCAGCACCCUGACCAGGAAUAAGUGGGUUGGAUAAUGGAUGGAUGGAUAUAAACAUGGUAUAGGAUAAUUAUGUAAGCUGUCUUUCAUAUAUAAAGCCUGAAGCUGGAAAAAUAAAUAUCCCACACCCUCAA